GACCUCUGACCUAACAACAUGGCGACUUAGGUCACACAUCCCAUGUGGUCCGGAGGUAAAAAUUGUAUUUAUUUUGCUCCGAAUAUUUGUUGCUUCGUCUGAAUAUUCGCAGAUAGUGAGGUUACAGUUAUACGUCUAGUAUUUAGUCAUGAUCCUGCUCUACACUUAUGGGAAUGCUCUUCGUGGAACCAGAGUCUUUGUGCCUGGUGCCCAUCAACUUCUCUCCAGGAUGUUUCAUGCCAGAAGAUGUUUCCUACCUAUAUGUAGCCUACAGUCUUUUAAUACAGCAAAUCAUAGGCAAGUACUUUGUCUUAAUCAGCCAGUUAUGCUUCACAGUACACAAAGGCUUUCUUGUCGGUCUUUUUUAAGAAAGGAAAGCAAUUCACCCCUAUGGACAAUAUGUUCCAAAGAUGCCAUCAAAUGUGCAAAACCUCAGCCAAGCUUGUUCAUGCCUUCAGCUCUAAAACACUCUGAAGUUACAUGUAAAGGAAAAGAACCAGAGAUGGAAGACGCACGAGACUCGCAAACAACUGAAGAACUGGUUUCAUCUAUUCUUACAUGUAUUGAGGAGACUCAAAAUAUCUCGCAGAAAAUCCAAGAUCUACGCAUACGGGAUAGUGUAAUAUUCUGGGUCAGUUGCCUGUUGGAAAUUGGCUGUACUCAGAAACAGAUCUACCACUUCAUGACAACAAAUGCACACCUCCUUUUCAGUCCAGAGGAUAAAGUAAAAGAAGUCUUUGGGCAGUUCUUGUACUUAGAUAUAAGUAAGAAUAAAGUUAUGGAUCUUCUAAGUACCCAUCCAGAGAUUUUAAGAGAACAGCCAACAGAUUUGAAAAGGAAGGUACAAAAUCUGCAGAAAUAUGUGUCAAGUGUAGAGAAUGUAGCCAAGAUGAUUUUGAAGUGUCCAUCGGUUCUAACACUGUCAGUAUCCAAGGUGAGAAGAGUAGUAGCAGUCCUGAAGGAGAACUGUCAGUUCAAAACUGCACAAGUGCAAACCAUCCUAACCACAACUCCAGUGGUUUUGUUGGAGACACCAGAGCAUGCAGAGCUACUUUUUCAGUAUGCAUUCCUUGCCAUGGGGUCUACAAGGGGAGACAUGGUGAAAGCAUUCCUGUUCAGACACAAAUGGCAACACAUCAGGAGCAGACACAUGUUUCUGGAAAGGAGAGGCAUGUACCAGCCCCCAGACAAAAAGGGUAAGACCAAGAAACCUAAUCCUCACCUAAGGGACAUACUGGCAACUACAACUAAGGAAUUUCUCACUCAGGUUGCUUUUGCCAGUUAUGAGGAGUAUGCAACAUUUGUGUCCCUUCUGGAACAAGAGAGAGAGACAGAUGUUGAUACAAGUGACAUGUCUAGUUCUGAUGAUGACUCUGAGGACACAGAUGAGGAUACAGAAGUUGAGACAGAUGAGGAUACUGAUGAGGAGACAGAUGACGAGACAACAGAGAGAUGAGAAGAUCAGGGAGGAGAAUCAGAUUCACCCUGUGAUAAAAUGGACUGUUGUAACAUGAGAUGUACUAAAUCCUUAAUCAAGUACCAUAUAGGAAAGCCAUAUGAUGAUUUUGUUUGAGUCACUAAACUUGUGCCAUUACUUACCUGUAUCAUAUCAAUAUCUUGAUGCUCUGAUGUAUGUUGAAUCUCUAUAUGUGGUUCAUGAAAUAAAUACUGAUUGUAAGACUGUCA